UCAAAAAUAGCCGGAAUAUAUCUUACCGAUUUAUGAUAUCAGUAAAAUACAGAAGAUACGACAUUGUCGAAAAAAAAGUUCAGGAAAAAAAWUUGAGGAAAUUCAAUCGCACGUUGWSUGGGYUCCCUGUGGUUKCAGCMGAAAUUCUGUCAGUAAGUUGCCAAAACAAGAUAUGCCCACAGACCGCUCUAAACCACGAGUAACAUUUGGUCUGAAAACACGGUAGUUCGUGUGAACUAACGUUGAAGAUUAUUUUAACAGAACGACUCGUAUCAGCUUCAGGACWAUUAUAAAGUGCUUUUCAUUUAAGRGAAGAUUSUCCUCAAACUAMAAUACUGAGUKCAAAAUGAGCUGGUUAGACAUGGCUGACAUUGAUCGACUACGGUUCAAAACCUUAGAAGAUCAAAACGAYGAGAGCAUAAUCCACGGAGAAUACCUCAARAAAAAGAUCAAAAAGAAAACAUGGAAAGAUUUCUGGGUUAUUAUCAAGGAUAACAUGAUGAUUUUCUUUCAUUCRAACGACGGCGGUUGGGCUGGAAGUAUAGAACUCACACGCGGUUCGUCUUGUACAUUGAUUGUCAAUGGAACCUACGUUGGGAAAGGCUUAAAUACAGACUUGACCCUGAGUACUGAAGUAGUUGAGUUAAACAAGAAAAGAAAGCAUAUAGUGAGUUAUAAAUUUGCCUUAAAGACUAAAAAUGGCGUGCAUCUGUUUAAAGCAWGCUCUGAAUCUAUCUGCUUGGAAUGGAUUCGAGUUCUAAGAAAAGUGGUUUUGAGGAUCUACGAUGAUAGUGCUUGUCUCUCACCAACUCUUACACACAAUGCUAUUUCCGAUGAAAGAAGUGGACGGAAAAACAACAACAAGAAGUCGUUUACGUAUGAAACUUUUGAUACUGAGGACAGUGAACACGAGGUCCAAGGAGAAAGAAAACUUACUCGAUGUAARUCUUUAAGGGAAUCGAGAAGCCCAUUCAACCGCAGUAGGUUUUAUUCAUUCCGUGGRUUAAAGACUUUUCAUAGAUAUAAUUCCUUACAAGAAUAGAUGUAGAUUUAAAAGUGCUAAAUAUUUAUCAAAACAAAGAGGUAAUUGUUUAUCCACUGUCAUUGGUAUAGUAUAGUUGUACAGAAAAGUAGAGCUUAUAAUACCUGUAAUAACAACGUGAGGGAUUCAACUCAAUCGACUCUAAUCUUUUUACGUUUUGCUAUCGAUUGACCCCAUAGAUAAUUCUGUAUUUUAUCGCUGAGAGCUUAAUAGUCUAAAAUAGAAAUUACAGUGUAGUAAAAUGGAGCACUGGAGCGACAUAUAAUCUUUUGUUCUCACCACAAUACGUUAAUUAAUAUAAUUCUUUUUCAGUCACGAAGCGAAAUCAUUUUGUUAAAGUGAUUUUGCAUUGAUCAAAACAUCAGCUUAUAAAAGAUGUGAAAAWUUUUAGAUAAGAUUAGAUCAGACAUGUAUUAGUGAUAUUUCUUUUAUAAAUMAUUGAGUUGAAGAGUAAAGAGAUAAAAUUCCUGAUAGCA